AUGCACUUGCAGCCACACUUGGCGGCGCGAGCUUUCCAUAAAGUCCGCCGGCCAGUGGAGCGCGCCGCGGGCCGGCCGGUGGGCGUGCAGGCUGCACCGCCCCGCCCCCCGCCACCCCCGCGCACUCACCCCCGCUGUUUAUUCUCGGCCGAGUGGCGGGGCGACAGUCGCCCGCGUCACGCGCUACGGACAGCACGCGCGUUUCCCAUCCACAAACAUAAACAGCGAGGUGCAUUCGUUAUCGGACGUCACGUAAAAAAAUUGUACGAAUUUUUCCUUUUGACGAUCCCACUCGCGGCCCCCGCGAAUUCGACCGGAAAGAGUACGGGUGAUAAGCGGCGGUAUCGCGGAAAAUGCAUUUCCCGGGUGCAUGGCGCAGGCGGUGCGGACGAGGGGAGGGUGCAAGCGAUGAUGGACAUCGUAUUGAUUUCUAUCUGCCCGCUCCUCCCUUAUUGUGGCGAUGCAGGGCGCGCCAUCGAUCGUUGCACCGGCCCUAAAUUAACACCCCGCAUGAUCAGCGCUCGUAAUUACCCCAUACCUCGAUUUUUGCUGAAGUGUUCGAAAGUGACAAUCGCGAAAGUGGCGGGGUUAGGGGGUCGCGUGGAAUGCGCGGGAGACCUGUAUAGCGCGCGCGCACGCCCCGACACCGUGCCGCCCUGCGAACAGCCGGCCAUGGCGACCGAGACCGCUCGGUUGCACGCAGGCGCCGCGGGCGAGCAGCAGUACUCGCUGCGGUGGAACGACUUCCACUCGGCGAUGGUGUCCUCCUUCCGUCGGCUGCGCGACGAGGAGGAUUUCGUCGACGUCACAUUGGCCUGCGCAGGCGCAACAUUUACCGCGCAUAAGGUGGUGCUAUCAGCUUGCAGUCCAUAUUUCAGAAGAUUACUAAAAGCGAACCCGUGCCAGCAUCCUAUUGUUAUUCUUCGAGAUGUGCACGACAAAGAUAUGGAGAGCUUGUUAAGGUUUAUGUAUCAGGGUGAAGUCCAUAUUGGACAAGAGCAACUGAAAGAGUUCCUAAGAGCCGCUCAACUUCUACAAGUCCGAGGGUUAACUGAUGUUCCUCCACCAGCGCCGUUACCGACUCUAGAUCAGAAAGCUUCUCCUUCAGCGUCAUCAUGGACGGAGACCGGCAGCGGGGGUUCCCGGGAAGGCCGGGACCCUCAACCCCGCGAAGGCCGUCGGGCGAGACGUCCAGACGAAGGCACGCCUUGCACUCCGCCACCGAAACGAGCUCGCUCUUCAGACUUAUAUCAAGCGCAAAUGAAGACCAGGACGGAACAGCUGUUAGCGGCGCAGGGCGCAAGUCCUGAGAGGAUGGGCACAAACGGCCACGAGCUGGCUCUAUUCAGCCAAGCACUAGAAAACGUACAAAAUCCGCAUCUCUCUGGAGUUUCCAAUAAUUUAUCUGGCGAAGGUGAAGAAUCUUCAUCAGAUGCAGGCGCGAGUGACACGGAGGGCGAAAACAGAGCUAAGCAAGAACCGGUAGAUUACGACGAUCCCGCUACAAUGGCCAACACCAACGGAGCACUCCCGCACAACUUCCCUGGACUGCUCAAUUUACCAGGAUUCCCCGGCCUGCCUGGACCAUCAGGGAUACCAGACAAUUUUGGUGAGUACAAACCCUUAUUGCAC